GGCAUCAUAAGACAAGAUAGCUAGCUUAACCAAAGCAGCUAAUAUGGGCUAGCCUGCGCAAUGAUGAUGUACUGCCAGUGCAACUGGAACUAGGAGCAGAGUUUUAAAAUUGUACUGCCGAAUUAAGCAAGGGAGUCAAUCGCUAAAAGCAGAUGGAGGAGUUUGACAGCAGUGCACUGGGCCGUGUAACGGUGUACUCCAUCCAGGGCUGCCCACACUGUGUGCAGGCCAAAGCCACCCUGGGGCGUUUGGGAGUACCGGUAUGUGACGUGGAUGUGGGAAGGCAUCCAGAGCUAAGAGCCAGAGUGAAGGAGUUGACAGGACGCAGCUCGGUCCCUCAGAUCUUCUUCAACAACAUUCAUGUCGGGGGCAACGAUGACCUACAAAAAUUGGCUCCUGAAGAGCUUCAGAGGUUGGUGAAUGUGGUCAAGAAAGAGCCUCUUCCAGCAGAUGCUCCGCCACUACCAGACGAAAAUCAACCAGAGGACACGGCCGUGGAGACUGAUGGAGAGUGUAUGUGUGAGAGGAAUGAGUUGGCGGACGUGGUAGAGGACCUGAAACAUGGCACUGUGAUUGGCAGUCAUAGGAGGGGACUGACUUUGUACAAAAAGAGCUUCUCAGGUCAUCAACUGGUUGACUGGCUGCAGAAAGAGAAGGGCAUGGCCAGUGCUGAGGCCUGUAAUACUGGCCAAGCAUUGUUGCAGAAGAAGUACAUGGUCAGUGUGCGUGGCUGUGGGCAGCAGGAUGGCAGUUUUGGAGAAGGGAAAGACACACUGUACAGGCUGCUGGAGGAUGACCCUCAUUCAGCCCUCAACGCAGGACAGACGGCAGCCUGCAGUCCCAUCCAGGCUGCUGAGCUCUCUUUGCUUGUACGGGAGUUGAUUUUGAAAUUGUUCUCCGAGCAUCUCUCUGCUGAUGGCAAGUCUGUGGACUACAAGGGCAUGUCAGUCAACCCUGCCUUUGAGCAUUACUGUGAGCUAGCCAUUCAGCUGCAGAGGGUGGAGCUGCUUUCGCUGAGUCGGGAGGAGAAGCUGGCCUUCUUCAUCAACAUCUACAAUGCCUUGGUCAUCCAUGGGUACCUACGCCUGGGGGCCCCCACCAACAUGUGGCAAAGAUACAGAUUCUUCAACUAUGUGAGCUACCUGAUUGGAGGAGAAGUGUUUACAUUACAGGACAUUGAGAAUGGUGUUCUGAGAGGGAACAGGAAAGGCGUCGCACAGCUUCUAAGGCCCUUCUCCAAAACAGACCCACGACUACAAGUGGCCCUUCCGGAUGCUGAGCCCCUCAUUCACUUUGCCUUGAACUGUGGCGCAAAGGGCUGCCCACCAAUUAAAACAUACACUCCACAGGACAUUGACAGCCAGCUCCGCACAGCAGCUGAGGCCUUCCUGGAGAACGACGACGCCUGUAUGGUGGAUUCUGGGAAAAGAGAAGUGCGACUCAGUCAGAUAUUCAAGUGGUACAAAGCUGACUUCGGAGGAACUGAUGAAAAGCUGCUGAAGUGGGUGGUGGAGCACAUGGGGGACUCUCCGAAGAAGACCAGCCUGCAGGGUGUCCUUUCUGCUGGGAAGACCAAAGUCAGCUUCCUCCCUUAUGACUGGAGCACCAAUAGCACCCACUGAGCAUGCCCACACCAACACAUUCACGUCCAGCUAUAUGCUACGUCUCUUUGCAUCUGUCCACUUUCUGCUAAGCUGCAUCUACUUAAAAUCCAGUAGGUUGGUGAUGACGUGCUUGCCAAAUGCAAUCCACUGGUCCUCAACCAUGCAAAUGUUUUUUUUUUUUUUUUUUUAAAUGCGAAAACAAACUGUAAAUCCAAGAGGUGAUAAGUGGCGCAUUUGCACUGUACCAUCAAGUCCUACUUCUCUUGUAGGCUUAUCCUAGCUUUAAGUUCUUACUGUAAGCUCAGAUAACUUCUGUUUGGAAGUCUUAACUGUAUAUGAGUUGUACACUAAGUAACAGAGAGCCUAUUAUAAAAAUCAAGCUGCACACAGAAACUUUGUACUGCAGCAGCAUAAAUUAAUAGGAUGAGCUGCACAUUAAGCGUGUUAUUGACUUCCGUUAUUACUGUCCUUUUGUAAAACGUCAAAGCCUGAAAACUGACAGACAUUCCCCAAAUUAUCUUAGAGUAAAUGAACGCGGAGAAAGCUAAUCAAAAGCAUACUUAAUAAUAAUAAUAAUAAUAAUAAUAAUAAUAACAUUUAUCAAUAUGGCUUCCAUGCUCUCCAGUCCUUGUAUUUACACUUGUCAGCAACUCAGGAGUCAUAGAUUAUCACAAUCUUCUCGGUUCAGUACAACACUCGUCGGGCUAUUGACGUGGAGCAUUGACUCCGAGCAGAUGGAGAUGACAAACACACUGCCUUGACAAGCCAUAUCAAAACCCUUUGAACUUACCAAACCCACUCAUUCAUGUUAAGUGGGCUGCAGAUUCUCCACCAGGCUGGUCCAUCAUUUAACCUGCAGAUGUAGACAAGCGGACCUGGUUUUCUACAGGGAACGAGAGUAACAGCUGUUGCACUUUGCAACACUAAAUGCUAAUGGCACAUUAGUAUAUCAUCCCAUGCCGUGGUCAUUAAAUACUAAAAUACAAACACUACUUUGCUCGUGGCUGUAAACCACGAGAUGUUAGCCUUUAGAAAUGUGUAAUUUAUUUCCUUUCCUAAACAUCUAUGACCCAAGUGUUAAGCUCUUUUUCAUUGGACAAACAAAAGGCACAGGUCGGACUGGAACUGUAGCGCGGUGCGGUGGCUCUGAGGUGGCUGUAUCCUCUGAAGCCCCCCCCGUAUUUGUAGGAUCCAGUCCCUGAAUAAGAAAUGAAAGUGUUACUUGUUUAGAGCGCACAGACGGAUGCAGCGCUCCGACUUUUGCAUGUCUUGGAUCAGGUUUCAUUUCUAACCCCCCUAGUGGCGUUUUGUUUCUCCCUUCCUUCACGUGAAGCUACAUGCUUGUUCACCCAUCUUUACGAUCCAGGUCUUCCAUUUUAAAUCGGAGAAGUGCUACUGCUGUAUUUUUGGCACAGUUAUUUGGUAAAAGAUAGAGUUAAUAUUUUGAAUUAUAGAAAUAUGUAUCAAAAAGUCACCCCUUUGGGAUGCACUCUGACACUUAGCAUGUUUAUCACUAACUUUGAAUGCUGUUGAGACAUAUUUGUACUUUUUUCACAAAGAAAAUGUCCCCUGUUGGUCAGUAAGCGAGUACUGGGCUGUGUUUAUUUAUCCAGCUAUUUCCAGGGAGUCUGCAGAAACUUCAUUACCCAAAUCAGUAGUCAUGGAAACAAUUAAAUGUAGCAGUUUUAAGUCUUGAUUAGAGUUUGCAGGUUUUUGGUGUGUUGAGUUUCUGCCUACAAAACUGUGCAAGACUUUUCAUUUAUUUUUCCCAACAUUUUAUUAGUUUCCAUUUUACCUGGCCUUAAACGUUUGUAAGACUUCAUUUAAAAAUAAAUCUUCCAGUGUGAUGGACACACAUUAAGUGCAUAUAAUUACUCUAUAUGAUUAUAAGGAUUGUGUGUGGCUUAGAAGAACUAUUUAAGGGCCUUUCUCUGUUUCCAUAAUUCAAGGAUUUUCUUAUCUCAGGUCAAAGGAAAAUGUAUGUGAGUGAAAAUGAUAUUAAGUUGUUUGAUGUCAUCGAUGCACUCUAUGCUGCAUGUUGUGUAUAACAAUUUCAACUCUGUCUGCACAGUCCAUAUUCCUUUGCCCGGACAUUGUGUCCUGCACAUUACUAUAACUGUCAGGAUUAUUUGUCCUUAAGCGAUAAGCAGCACCAAAGCAAAUGGUUAAAUUAGCAUGUGUUAAAACUGGAAUGCAUUUUGCUGCAUGAGAUAUUGGAAAACUUCCCAAUCUUAAUGCUGGACUCUAGCAGGACUGCCUCUCUUACUGCUUCUUUUCAAACCUGUAAAUUUAGCCAUAAGAAAUAUUGGGACCUUAACAUGUAGCCCCCAAUUAGACAAAUAAAGUGUCAGUUAGACCCUAAUAUUGGAAUACAAUAUGUGCAAUAGACUUAAAACAUCCGACUGUAUUUCAUCUGUCAAUACAUUUAUUCAGUGACAAGUACACCCUUGGCUUCACUACACUCAAUUCCAUUAUUGAGUGACUGAGAAAGAAAAGGGGAAGACAUUUUGUGGGCUAAAAUGGACAGAAAAAAAAAGGUUUUAUUUACGUAUACUAUUGAUCCCUGUACUUUUUCAAAAUGUAUCAGGAAAAAGUGAUGCAAAAAGUUUUUUAAACAAGCAAUUCUAUUUAUUUCCCUCUUUCCUGGGGUUAACAAUAAAGCAAUAUGUUUAUGAAUAGUAAAUAUGCAAUGUUGAACUAAAAAAUAAAAUGUAUGAGUUUGUC